UCUUCGUGACAACUUGUUUCCAUCUUGUUUAAUAAUUUAAAGCUGUUGUUCAUUCUCAUGUUCUUGCCAGUUUCCAUAAAUUCAGCCAAUUUCCCCUCCAUUGCAGGCCAACAAAACCUUGCUGGCCUGCAAAUUUGACAGUUUCCAUUCCAUCUUCAUUCUUCACAAUUUGCAGAAAUGGGGUGUGGUGGAUCUAAACACUCUGUCGCCACCGACAACAUCAUUAGCCGGAAGAACUCGAAAGCUGGAUCGAAGCGGGAGAUGAGCUCGGACUCCGUCGAAGAGACGAGAAAAGUCGACCACAAGACAAGCUCGGAAGGCGGUUCCGAUGCGAUUGCGACGUCCAUCAGCCGCAAGAACUCGAGCGUGAGGUCCAGGAAGGGGAAGAGCUCGGAAAUCGUCGAAGAAACGAGGAAAGACGAUGGCAAAACAAGCUCACCGGAUCAACCAAAAGGCGAAAACGACAAUUCCAGUGCGGCCCAAGGUGCAGGUGUCGAGGGGAAGAAGAUAGGUGAAAGCACGGAAUUGAAGGAGAAGGAUAAUGUGAAGGAUAAAACAAUGGGUGAAGAGAGAAAAGAAGAAACUGUGGAGGUAAUUAAGGCUGCUGCUGAAGAAACAAACAAGGAUCAGAAACUGGAUGAAGAUUCAAAGACAGAAACCGUGAAGGAUCAAAAAGCUGUUGAGGAAACUGCAAAUGGAAAACAUGAAACCGUGAAGAAAGAGGAAGAAUCAAAACCAGCCAACGGUACUACCAAAGCUGAAGUUUCCACAGCGGUUGAAAAACAGGAAGAGAAAUCUGAUGGCUCAUCAACAGCUGGGGAUUUGAAGAAAGAUCAGUGACAAUCUUUCAUGUGUAUUUAUCUGAUUGAUUUUACACUUGGGUUUUUAUGUAUUGUUUGUAUUUACAUGCUAUUCUUCCUUAAACCCAUAUCCAAAGAAACAU